AUGACUCAAUGGAAGCCUACCAGUCGUCGUACUUCUCCUGCAAAAGAAAAGCGAGAAACACGAAGCGAGAAGAGUUCGGAGGACUCCAACAGGGCAGCAUCCUCUCAAGUAAAAAAACAGAGAUUCAGUGCGAAUUUGUCAACACAGAAGGCGCUGAUGCAGUGGAUUGAAGCUGAGCACUUGAGGGUGCUCUACUCGAAGGAGGAAGCGGAGAAGAUGUUCGGCAACGGUCUGGAGAAGUGA